ACUCUUCUUACGUAGUUUAUCGGAGGUAGGUGGAGCUUAAGCUGUCACCGGAGAUAAACACUCGCAGGAUUCCACGCGCUCGGUGUAGACGCCCAAAUUUUAAAUGAGGGAAAAGCAGCGAGCAGAAAAGAGGAGAAUCCUGCGCCGUUUGGUGCAGAGAUCAGCGUCUGAUAUCUUGAACGCGAGCAGAGCGCGACAGAUGGCUGGCGACGGCGAAGAGGACAAACGCUUCCCAAAGAGUCCGUUUCACGGCGAGGGAGACGAAAACGCCAGCGCGAAUGAGAACGAAAACGUCAAAAUUCCGCCCGGUAAAAAGAUUUCGAGCGACGCUCGACGUGGGAAAGAACAGCGCGGUAAAGAGAAUUCUAGCGUUUUGACGCACUGCCGCACGAGCAGCUCUACAGAGGCGAAAAUGGACCAGACGGUCGUUUGCGGUUCCCAGACACGGGUAGACCCGGGGAUCUUCGUCGACGAGGACAGCAAUCACAUUUUCCCGGUGGAACAGUUCUUUGGGAACAUGGAUGUUGUUCAGGAAUACCAACGCAGAUCUCCAGGCAGCAAGAGGAUGAGUCGGAAGGAGUACAGGAGUCAGCAUUUUUAUGCCAAAGAGGACAGUGAAGACGAGCAGCUAUGAGCAUCACUUUCACAGACAGAGCUUAAGCUACACAUACUCAGUAUGCCACAGUCUGGACAUUGAGUCUGACGGAGUCCAGCAAAUUGACCGAAUCAGAUGUUAAAAUUUGCAUAAUUGGUGAAGUGAGUUAUUUUAUUUUAAAACCCUUGUUUUAUCUGCAUCGAGACAACGGAGUAUGUGUAAAGCAAGAAUUGGGCACUCUGGAUAUCAUGAUGAGUAAUCAUUCAUGUGGUCAUUUUAUCUUUAUGAAAUGAGGUACAAUAGCGAUACAGAAAGUGUUUUAUCAUUGCGGCUCCAGUUAUAAAUUUAAGAACUUUACACGUGUACCAUACUCGUGUAGGGUUAAAAGAUUGUACAGGAAGAGGGAUUUUGUUCUGGUUCUAAUGGAAGUUGUAUAAUACGACAAACUGAAUAGUUUGUAAGUUGAUCCUGUAACACUGGCCAGCCCUAAUUUAUCUACCACUAGUCCUUCCUUGAUAUGCUCUUUAAUCAACAAAUUAAAAAAAGUUUCUAUACAGAUAGUCAUCAGUCAAGUGCCUCAUGUAGGACAAAUUUACUGUUCAGACGUUGUAAGCAAUUUGAACAAUAGUUUGUAUACUUCUAAUGUUGAGAAUUUGGCACUUUAAAAAAAUUCUCUGUUGAGAAUGAUAAGAUUUGUUUUGGAAAAACAGACAUAUGCUUAAGAUUUGGUGCUGUGUAAUUGGAAAUAAUAGUAUGCUACUUCUGUGUUCUUUGAUAUGUAAAUAUUUUUUAUAGGUUUAAAACCUCAAAUGAAGUCCUGUUUGUCAGGAGUUUUUAAUGUAAAUGAAAAGUAAAAAUUUUAAAUGGA